AUGGCUGUGGGGAAUUGUACUUCUGUGACUGAAUUCAUUCUCUGUGGAUUAACAAAUCAUCUGGAGCUUCAGGUCCCACUCUUUGUGGUGUUUCUAGUGAUCUAUGUCAUCACCCUGAUGGGGAAUCUGGGGAUGGUUGCAAUGAUCCAUCUUCAUCCCCGCCUUCACAACCCUAUGUAUUUUUUCCUAAAGAACUUAUCUGUGGUGGAUGCCUGUUAUUCCACAGUUGUCACUCCAAAGAUGCUGGUGAACUUCUUACACCAGAGGAGAACUAUUUCUUAUGCAGGUUGUAUCACCCAAUAUUUUAGCUUCAUUUUAUUUGUGAUCUCUGAGUGCCUCCUGCUGGCUGUGAUGGCAUAGGACCGCUAUGUGGCAGUAUGUAAUCCAUUGCUCUAUACAGUCAUCAUGUCACCAAGAUCUUGCCUGAGGCUGGUGAUUGGUUCAUACAUAUGUAGCUUCAUAAACUCGGUGGUACACACCAGCUAUUUACUAAAAUUAUCUUAUUGUGAUUCCAAUGUGCUAAACCAUUUCUUCUGUGAUAUCAACCCCCUCCUGAAGCUCUCUUCCUCUGACACCUAUGUCAAUGAGCUACUGGUAUUCACCCUUGGCAGCGUGGUUGAAAUAAGUAGCAUCACAACUAUUCUCAUCUCAUAUAUUUUUAUCAUUGUAACUGUACUAAGGAUUUGCUCCACUGAAAGCAGGUAUAAAGCCUUCUCCACUUGUACCUCCCCCCUGAUGGCUGUUACUUUGCUCCAUGGGAGGAUUCUCUUCAUGUAUUUCUGACCAGCCACCAGUUACUCUCUGGAUACAGACAAAAUGGCCUCACUGUUCUAUACUGUGGUGAUCCCCAUGCUGAACCCACUGAUCUACAGUCUGAGGAAUAAGGAGGUGAAGGAUGCCCUGAAGAGAUUUAUGAAC